AUGCACAAGAGGAAGGGACCCCCAGGCCGAGGCGCCGCCGCAGCCCGCCAGCUGGGCCUGCUAGUUGACCUCUCCCCAGAUGGCUUGAUGAUCCCAGAGGAUGGAGUUAACGAUGAGGAACUGGAGGCCGAAUUCUUGGCCUUGGUGGGGGGACAGCCCCCAGCUCUGGAGAAGCUCAAAGGCAAAGGGCCCCUGCCCAUGGAAGCUAUUGAGAAGAUGGCCAGCCUGUGCAUGAGAGAUCUGGACGAGGAGGAGGAUGAGGAGGGGGGUACUGACGAGGACGAUGUGGAGGCCGAUGACGACCUGCUGGCAGAACUGAAUGAGGUCCUUGGAGAGGAGCAGAAGGCUUUGGAGUCCCAGCCGAUUUCAGUCCAGCCGAAGCCCUCAGUCCCAGGCCCAGGGGUGGAGACCACCUUGCAGGAAAGGCUAGCCCUCUACCAGACAGCAAUUGAAAGUGCUCGGCAAGCUGGAGACAGCGCCAAGAUGCGGCGCUAUGAUCGGGGACUUAAGACACUUGAAAACCUGCUGGUCUCUGUCCGAAAGGGCAAUGCCAUCGACGAAGGGGACAUCCCACCGCCUGUAGCUGUAGGCAAAAGCCUGGCAGCCACGCCCAGCCACACCCCUACGCCCGCCCAGCCGGCCCCUACGAACCUGCCGCCCCCUAUGAACCUGCCACCCCCUACGAACCUGCCAGCCCUGGAGCCCCGAGUGACCAUGCAGGGACCUCCUCCCGCUGGCCCUGCCUCAUCCCCAGCCUCAGCUCAGCCCCAGCUGCCCCCAGGCCCCUGCAGCCCUGGCCUCCUGACCCAGUUGCAGAGCCGGCAGCGUGAGUACAAGCUGGCUGCUCUCCAGGCCAAGCAGCAAGGAGAUACUGCUGCCGCCACCCGGCACUUCCGCGUGGCCAAGAGCUUUGAUGCUGUCUUGGAGGCCUUGAGCCGGGGGGAGCCUGUGGACCUGUCCCGCCUGCCCCCACCCCCUGACCAGCUGCCCACAGACUCACCAUCACCACCUUCUCAGCCUCCGACUCCCACCACAGCACCCUCCACACCAGAGGUGCCUGCACCCCCACGGACCCUCCUGGAGGCUCUGGAGCAGCGGAUGGAGCGGUACCGCAUGGCUGCAGCCCAGGCCAAGGCCAAGGGGGACCAGCGGAAGGCUCGCAUGCAUGAACGUAUUGUCAAGCAAUACCAAGAUGCUAUUCGAGCCCACAAGGCCGGCCGAGCUGUGGAGGUGGCAGAGCUGCCCGUGCCUCCAGGCUUUCCCCCUAUCCAGGGUCUGGAGGCCACCGAGCCAGCUCAGCAGAGUCUGGUGGGUGUCCUUGAAACUGCCAUGAAGCUGGCUAAUCAGGACGAAGGCCCAGAGGAUGAAGAGGAUGAGGAGCCUAAGAAGUCUGCCAGCCCUGCAGCCCCCACAGCCCAGCCCAAGGCUGUACCUGCAAGGGCAUCCGCAUCAGGAUCAGCCCCAGCAACCUCGACCCCAGCAGCCAAAGCAGCCUCCAAAGGCACAUCCACCAGAGCCCAGCAGCAGCUGGCUUUCCUGGAGAACCGCAAGAAGCAGCUCCUGCAGGCUGCGCUGCGAGCCAAGCAGAAGAACGACGUGGAGGGUGCCAAGAUGCACCUGCGCCAGGCCAAGGGGCUGGAGCCCAUGCUGGAGGCCUCACGCAACGGGCUGCCUGUGGACAUCAGCAAGGUGCCACCUGCUCCAGUCAACAAGGACGACUUCGCCCUGGUCCAGAGGCCUGGCCCAGGUCUGUCUCAGGAGGCCAUCCGGCGCUAUGGUGAGCUCACCAAGCUGAUACGGCAGCAGCACGAGAUAUGCCUAAACCACUCCAACCAGUUCACCCACCUGGGCAACAUCGCUGAAACCAGCAAGUUUGAGAAGCUGGCGGAGGACUGUAAACGUAGCAUGGAGACUCUGAAGCAGGCCUUCGCCCGGGGUCUCCCCACCCCUGCUGCCCGCUUUGAGCAGAGGACCUUCAGCGUCAUCAAGAUCUUCCCCGACCUCAGCAACAACGACAUGCUCCUGUUCAUCGUGAAGGGCAUCAACUUGCCCACACCCCCAGGGCUCUCCCCCGGGGACCUGGAUGUUUUUGUUCGGUUCGACUUCCCCUAUCCCAAUGUGGAAGAAGCUCAGAAAGACAAGACCAGUGUGAUCAAGAACACAGAUUCCCCAGAGUUCAAGGAACAGUUCAAGCUCUGCAUCAACCGUGGCCAUCGUGGCUUCAGGAGGGCCAUCCAGACCAAAGGCAUUAAGUUUGAAGUGGUCCACAAGGGAGGGCUGUUCAAGAACGACCGGGUACUGGGCACAGCCCAGCUGAAGCUGGACACCCUGGAGACUGCGUGCGAGGUCCGGGAGAUCCUUGAGGUUCUGGAUGGUCGCCGGCCCACAGGGGGGCGGCUGGAGGUGAUGGUCCGGAUUCGGGAGCCGCUGACAGCCCAGCAGUUGGAGACGACAACUGAGAGGUGGCUGGUCAUCGACCCUGUGCCAGCUGCUGUGCCCACGGUCGCUGGGCCCAAAGGGAAGGCCCCUCCUGUGCCUGCCCCUGCGAGGGAACCAGGAAACAGACCAGCCCGGCCCCUGCACAGCCUCAGCGUGCUGGCCUUUGACCAAGAACGUCUGGAGCGGAAGAUCCUGGCCCUCAGGCAGGCGCGGCGGCCAGUGCCCCCCGAGGUGGCCCAGCAGUACCAGGACAUCAUGCAGCGCAGCCAGUGGCAGAGGGCCCAGCUGGAGCAAGGGGGUGUGGGCAUCCGGCGGGAGUACAUGGCCCAGCUGGAGCGGCAGCUGCAGUUCUACACCGAGGCCGCCCGGCGCCUGGGCAGCGAUGGCAGCAGGGAGGCUGCGAAGGAGGCGUUGUACAGGCGGAAUCUGGUGGAGAGUGAGCUGCAGCGGCUCCGAAGGUGA